GCCCCCCGCGCGGGGGGCCACCUGUAUUUAGAUGAUAGAUGGUAGUUUAGCUAGAAGAAAGGCAGUUCCGAUCUGUCCGUCGUAUGUCCCGCACCGGGACCAGGGCUUUUCCGCUUCCGAGGCUCCCAAGGAGCUGUGGAGGCAUGGAAAGACCCGACCCUCGACGUUAAAUAGAGACACACACACACACACACACACACUAUAACGCUUCUCGACAUCUUUCGGAACCCCUCCAGAUUCCUCCGCACCUGUCCUUAAGAUCCCAUGACACGACGAGUGAUCGCAUCAGGACGGUCUUGUCUCGAAUGUCGCUGCCGCAAGAUCAAUGCAACCGCGAGUUGUCCUGCCCUACUGCGUGCGGACCCAGAUCCAGUGCAUGUACCCGCCGUCCAGACCGGACCCCCCACGCAUGGACGACGACCUCUUAGCUCGUGUGCGACUUAUUGAGAGCAAAUUGCAGUCUCUGGAACGGAACCUUUCGUCUCGGUUCGUAGAUUGGCAGUUUGGGCAGCGUUUCCCCUUCCACUCGGACCCAGCACCACCCGUAGAACCCCUUCAUCCGCCCACUGCUGCAAUUCCAUUCAUUGGCAGACUUAUCUGGAUGUGUUCAAUCCAGUCCUCAAAACCUUUCAUGUUCCCACUGUUCAAUGGGUUGUGGUGGGGGUCAUUCGAAGCUGAUUGAGGCCCAAUUCCUGCACGGAGUGUCUGAUGUUCGCCGUGUAUUAUGCGACUGUGGUAGCCAUGCCGGCCGCUGAACGCCGUCGAGAAUUCAGCGAGGAAAAAGCGACACUACUGAAGCGGUACCGGACCGGAGUGGAGGAUUCACCCCGGCGAGCGGACUUCCUGAAAUCUCUGGACCUGCGUGUCCUGCGGACAUUCGUUCUUUAUCUGGUAA